AUGUCGGUUACGUUGAUACACCGUUACCUCGUCCGAGACUACUUUGCUGUUCCGUUUGUUACACCACAGGGCAUAGGUUACCACCACUUUUGUCGUAACUCCUUCUUACAUGUUCCGCAAAGAGUUGUUCCUCUCUUGGGCUUGAAGAAACGUUCACAAAAACCUUACUUCAAACCUUCUACUACUACUACUGAAAAGCCACAAUCUAACCCUAAUCCUGUUCAUGAGAAGCCUGUUCAUGAUGAGAAGCCUGUUCAUGAUGAGAAGCUUGUUCAUGAUGAGAAGCCUGUUCAUGAUGAGAAGCCUGUUCAUGAGAAGCCUGUUCAUGAUGACAAGCCUGUUCAUCAAGCUAAAGCACCACCACCGACUCAUCAAGAAGCACCACCGACGACUCAUCAAGAUGCACCACCGACUCAUCAAGAAGCACCACCGACGACUCAAGAAGCAGAGUUUUUUGCUGGUUCGGUCACGAUGGGUGCUGCUCCUUCCCCAAGACAUGUACCGAUUCCGAUGUUUUAUUUAAGAGAGAAGAUCAAAGAUUCCUCGAAGCUAACCAACAAGACUUGA